ACUUGUAACUGGACUUCCUUCCGUUUUGAGUACAACAUAUCGUGGCACUGUUACUGCUCCUCAUUAAAUACACUCUAAUUCACAUCUGCAUCGUUCUGCUAUAUCUGCAAAUAUGUUAAAUGAAAUAUUCAUUGCAUAUCAUCUAUAUUUAUAGACAAUUGUGACAUUCUUAUUGAAUUCUACGCUUGGUAAACCUACUGGAUCUAUAUCGUCCAUAUUGGGAUUACUAAUCUUUUAUAAUUGUGGAUUAUUUGGACCAAACUCAACCGAACACGCAAUAGCCUGAAGACUUAAACAUUCAGUUUAUCAAGGGCCAUACCAAUAUUGUCGCAGACGCACUGUCUAGAAAGGAUAUCAAUAUGACGGUACUUAGCCAUGACAUCAGACUUGAAACCUUAGCCAAAUUACAAGCAGACGACGCAGAAUUGAAGGUUUGUAGAGAAAAGUCUAGCUUGAAUUUAAAAUCGGUACACAUUCCUUUCUCAGAUGCAUCCAUCAUUUGUGACACUUCAACAGGCAAUAAUCGCCCUUUUGUCCCUCAGGCUUGUCGACUAAAGUUAUUCCAACACUUGCACGGUUUAUCACGUCCGGGCAUCCGAGCUACUACAAAGCUGAUAACUGAACGUUUUGUUUGGCCCAAAAUCAAUUCAGAUAUUAAACGAUGGACACGGGGUUGCCUUCAGUGUCAACGUAGUAAGAUCCAAAAACAUACUAUUAGUCCCAUUGGGGAGAUUCCUAUCUCUGACAAACGUUUUCAACAUAUUCAUUUGGAUUUGGUUGGGCCCCUGCAACCGUCGAACUCUUUCACUCACAUUCUCACUGUGGUGGACAGGUUCACUCGAUGGGCGAUUGCAUGCCCUAUCAAAGACACAUCGGCAGAGACAGUUGCGUCAGUUUUUCUCGACCGAUGGAUAUCGAACUACGUAGUACCUGCAAUUAUCACUACUGAUCGUGGCCCACAAUUUCAAUCCAUUUUAUUUCAGGAAUUCACCAGACUCCUUGGGGUCAACCACAUCAAAACAACGGCUUAUCAUCCAGCAGCUAAUGGCAUGGUUGAAAGAUUUCAUCGCCAAUUGAAAAGCUCGCUGACGACUCAAGCUGAUCCUACCAAAUGGAGCGAUGCCUUACCACUCGUACUCCUCGGUAUUCAUUCCACUAUUAAAGAAGACAUUGGAUGCACUGCUGCCGAAUUAGUCUACGGUACAACAUUAACAUUACCAGGCCAAUUAGUCAAUUGCGAAUCUACAACGAUAGGAGAUCCUUCCCGUUUCGCAAGCCGUUUACUACAGACGAUGCAGAAUAUUAAACCAAUACCCCCGCGACAACAUAGCAACCGGGUGCAACUAGAUAAAAACCUUGAAACCUGCAAAUUCGUUUUCGUUCGAGUUGACGCUGUCAAAAAGCCACUAAAACCGCCAUACGAAGGUCCUUAUAAAGUAAUCAAACGUACUCCCAAACAUUUUAUUAUCACUCGAAAUGGGAACAAAGAAACUAUUUCCAUUGAUAGAAUCAAACCAGCGUUUUACGAACCGACUCACCUUAAAGAAGUUACCAUCGAAGAACAACAACCCCUCCCUUCUGCUCCUGUUAAGCCAAUGGAAGACGACAAGUUUCAUCUUAAACCGUCUUUAACCCGAUCCGGUAGGUUGAUAAAAAAACCUAAGCGCUACGUACAUUUCGCCGACUAACAAAAAUUGAUUCAAUUACACGCACUUUAUUGUUGUUACUCAAUUUUCUAAUAAAAGCUAUUUAUUUACCUUACAUAUACAUUUAAUAAUUACAUUUAUUUAUUAUCACUGGUUUUGCCAAUUUUUUUAAUAAGAAAAAUUGUCAAAGUAAUAAACGAGUGAAUGCUAACUAACUAUUUAUUAAAAACAAUCCAAUUUUUUUUAUUUUAUGACUCUAUUAACAGUUUUGCACAUUUUAUUAUUAUUGUUAGCAAACGGAAACUUUGUAAUGUUUGUUUUUCAGUUUCAUUUUGCGUAGCAUAGCGUAUAUUAUUAACGUGCCAUUUAUUCCUAUUUCCAAUUUUUUUUCCGUUAUUACAGUGAAUACUAUUUUAUGUACAUUUAUACACAAUAUUUCUCAAUUUUUGAUGUUCAUAUUGUAAAUAGUGUUACCUCCGGACAUUCUGGGGGGAGCUAUGUGGAGAUAGAACCUUAAAACCUAUUUUGUAAAUAAUUUUUCAUAGUUUUCGCAUGUAUUUUCAUAUUCUGUACAUUAAGCAUUAAACAAUUGUACUUGUUGUUUAAGUGUAUUACUUUGAACACUUGUAACUGGACUUCCUUCCGUUUUGAGUACAACAUAUCGUGGCACUGUUACUGCUCCUCAUUAAAUACACUCUAAUUCACAUCUGCAUCGUUCUGCUAUAUCUGCAAAUAUGUUAAAUGAAAUAUUCAUUGCAUAUCAUCUAUAUUUAUAGACAAUUGUGACAUUCUUAUUGAAUUCUACGCUUGGUAAACCUACUGGAUCUAUAUCGUCCAUAUUGGGAUUACUAAUCUUUUAUAAUUGUGGAUUAUUUGGACCAAACUCAACCGAACACGCAAUAGCCUGAAGACUUAAGUAAAGUCCCUUAUUUUUAUCUAUGUGUAAUUAACUUAUUAACUGUUAUUUGGUACAUAAACUUUAGACAUAAUAUUUUUGUUGCUAAUUUUGGUUAUCAUACAUUUCGGUUCACCACAUACUCGGUUUAUUGAGUACUGUCUCCCACGCUUCCAGCCACGUUUGGCUUGAUUUUGUACAAAUAUUAUUUUUCUAUUUUAUGGUGUGGUCUGCCUGUCUGGUAUAUAGACAAAGUAUGUUUGAAAUAAAUGUUUCGCAUUACAGC